AUGAGUGCCGAAAAACCUCAACGAAGCGCUGGUACACGGACAGCUAUCCGCCCAGCGUCAGAUUUCGGGAUAGAACUUCAUCCGGGAGUCGAAGAUCUGUUAUAUGACAGCACUGCUCUAGCAAAGGCUUACGGAGGAGCGUCUUUAAAAGAUAUCUUUGCGACCAAGCUGGUCACCACUUGUGUGCUGACCGCAUGCACGGGUGGACUUCUCUUUGGUUUUGAUCAAGGUCUGCUUUCGAUCAUCCUGGUCAUGCCCAAGUUCUUGGGCGAUUUCCCUGCUAUCGAUGAAGCGAGUUCAUCUGCGGCAAGCUUCAAUAAAGGGUUGAUGACUGCGAUGCUUGAGCUGGGUGCAUUUUUGGGAGCCAUACUGGUUGGUUUUGUCGCCGAUAAAUACUCGCGAAAAGUCUCGAUCGGUGUGGGCCUUGCCUGGUUUGCGGUCGGGUCGACGAUUCAAACCGCUUCUUUCAGCGUUGCCCAGCUCAUCGUCGGUCGGACUCUUGGUGGUAUAGGCAUUGGUAUGCUCUCGUGCACUGCUCCCAUCUACGUGUCAGAAGUUGCUCCACCAAAUGUUCGAGGCGCACUCUUGGUCAUGGAGCAAUUCAUGAUCGUGUUCGGCAUCGUCCUCAUGUUCUACAUCACCUACGGUACCAGACUCAUCGAUUCCGCCUGGUGUUAUCGUCUACCGUUCCUACUGCAGAUGGUACCAGGUUUUUUCCUGGGAGCUGCUCUAUUCAUUUUACCAUUCUCCCCUCGAUGGCUGGCGAGUAAGGGAAGAGACCAAGAAUGUCUCGAUACACUUGUUCGACUUCGUAAUCUUCCGGCCACCGACCCAAGAAUCCAAGCCGAGUGGCUCACUAUCAGGGUUGAGGCGAUUCAUAAUCACGAGGCCUUGAUCGAAAGACAUCCCACGUUGAUCGGUUCAGGUAUGAAGACAGAGCUCAGGCUUGAAGCUGCGAGCUGGGUGGACAUGUUCAAGCCUGCGGUAAUUCGAAGAACCAUGAUCGGUAUCAUGCUCAUGUUCUUCCAGCAAUUCGUCGGCAUCAACGCUCUCAUCUACUACAGUCCUACGUUGUUCGAGACCCUCGGGCUCGACUCAGCUUUGCAGCUUCACAUGAGUGGUGUGAUGAAUGUACUUCAGUUGGUUGCUGUAAUAGCCGCGUUUUUCUUCUUUGAUCGGAUCGGACGACGACCUCUCUUGCUCCUCGGUUCCAUCGGAAUGUGUGUCGCUCAUACUGUCGUUGCAAUCAUGAUCGGACUCUACUCCAAGGAUUGGGCUAGUCAUUCUGGUCAAGCUUGGUGUGGGGUUUCGUUCAUUCUGAUUUAUAUGCUCGCGUUCGGCCUUUCUUGGGGUCCAGUUCCUUGGGCUAUGCCUGCGGAAGUUCAUGCCUCUAGCUAUCGAGCCAAGGGUGUUGCUCUCUCGACUUGUUCCAACUGGCUUUGUAACUUUAUCAUUGGUCUAAUCACACCGCCUAUGAUCAAAAAUAUUGGUUACGGCACAUUUAUCUUCUUUGCCGUUUUCUCUUUCCUUUCCGGCGUAUGGGCUUGGUUCAUCGCCCCUGAGACAAAGGGAAGGACACUCGAGCAGAUGGAUCAGGUGUUCCAUUCGCAUGCUGCUGCCCACGACCAAGAAAUGAAGGAGCAGAUUACCCGAGUUGUACUCGGCCAGACCCCUGCGCAAACUGAGUCUCCUAUACCAAAUGCUUCGAACGAGAAAGUAGCCGAUGUGUUUAUCGAGAGACAAUAA